AUGGCUCAGUUACGUUCUCGUAUUUCUCAAUCAAAGACUUCCAAGGUAGCUACAUCAAAAGUUAUCAAGAAAGUAAAGAAACCACAUCUGAUUGCUCAGACAUUUACUGCGCAAGAUAAAGACAUCUCGAUCUUGCAAAUACCUUCAGGCCAAGUCACUUCUUACAAAAUAAUUAGUGAUACUUUAAAAUCUUCACCCAGAGCUGUAGGACAAGCACUCAAGUUAAACCCCUUUUCUCCUCUGCCUAUCCCUUGUCAUCGUAUUAUUGCCUCGAAUUAUGGUUUAGGUGGGUUUAGCGGUGGUUUCGGUGAUUCCCAAGAGACAGCUAAUAAAAAGGCUAAAUUGGAAGCAGAAGGAUGUGUGUUUGGUGAACACUAUGUUUAUAAACAUGAUGUGAAUGGAUCUCGAGAUUUUUUUAAAGAUUUUUCAUAA